ACCGCGAACAUACCUCUAUAUCUCUGAGCAGGUGGUCCUUGACGAUUGACAGAAAAUUUGACAGUGACAAUUUAGAUUUUGCGAUAAAAAUCAAAACAAGGUGUUUUUUUAAUGAAAAAUAUUACAAACUACCUAUUAAACUCGCGUUUUUAAUCAAAAUAUCGUAUUCUUGUCUCUGAAAUAAUUUAUAGGAACAAUGACAAACCUGCAAGAAGUACCUACAGAUGAUUUAUUGUCGUUUCAAGAUUAUCCGACAGUGCCAGUACACACUGCUGGUGGGAAUAGUACGAUAUCAGUACCAGUAACGCAGAUCGACGUGUCAGGAAACUUAAAAUCCAAUCCUCCGAGUUCAACGAAUAACAUGCCACCGCCGGGAAAUCCAAACAACCCCAGUUCAUUACCAAAUUUAGGGUCUCCUGAAGAUGAAGAAACUCCAGCUUCAAAAUCAUUUUGGACCAUAGAAUACUACCAGAAAUAUUUCGAUGUUGACACCAAAGAUGUGGUUGAACGUAUCAUAGCUUCAAUAACCCCUAAGUGGGAUAAUUCUUUGAAACACCAUUUAAGAACAAAGCCAGAUCUUUACGGACCUUUUUGGAUUAGUAUAACUCUAAUUUUCACCAUAGCAAUCAGUGGAAACAUUGCUAGUUACUUACAACAUGCCAGUCCUUCAUAUCACUGGAAAUACGACUUUCAUCUUGUUUCCUAUGCUGCAACCACGAUUUGUCUGUACAUUACCUUAAUCCCUUUUACGUUAUGGGGCUUGUUAAGGUACUCAACUCAAGCAGGAGAUGUUGAAGACCUCGACCAAGAUAAUGUAACACCAGGGGCUUUAGAACUCAUCUGUAUCUAUGGUUAUUCGCUAUUUAUCUAUAUUCCAGCUGCCGUACUGUGGUCUAUUCAAAUAAAUUUGUUACAAUGGCUGUUAGUGAUUAUAGCAGCAUUUGUAUCUGGUUCUGUGCUGUUACUGACUCUGAUGCCUGCUCUGCGUUUAUCAAAACAUAAAUUUUUCCUGGCUAUCGGAAUUAUGGUAUGCCACGCUUUAUUAGCUGCAGGGUUUAUGCUGUACUUUUUUCACGUACCAAACACCGUACCCGUACCAGCCAUUCAGGAGGCAGUGAAAAAGGUUGUGGAACAAAGUAAAACGAAUGCCACAGAUGCAAGUUAAAUUAUUUUUGUUAUUUUAAUUUUGUGAUAUCUAUAAAGUGUAUUUAAGGUGAAGUUUCCGAAAGUAUUUGAUAAUCUUCCUGUAUUUAUAAUUUUACUAAUUAGUAUUCAUUGUUGUACAUACCUGUUUAAUCGUUAUGAAUAUUAACAGGCAUACAUUUAUGGAA